AGUCAGGUUGCAGGGGCAGGAGGGAUCUAGGACGGGAGGGUCUUGAGUAGCUGGUGCUGGGGACAUUCAGAGAGCCGGGACAGGGCUGGGACCAUGACUAUGACCACUUCCUACUUCCUCUGCUGGACGACAAGGAGCCCUGCUACAUACUAUACCACCUCAACUCCCAGAACGCACAGGGAUACGAAUGGAUAUUCAUCUCCUGGUCUCCUGACCAAUCUCCAUUAUGUGUCACCGUGCAACCAAGGUGAGACAGAAGAUGCUGAAUGCUGCCACCCGUGACACAGUGAAGAAGGAGUUUGGUGGUGGUCAUAUGAAGGAUGAGAUGUUUGGCACAGAGGAGGAGAACAUCUGUCUGGAGGGGUAUCAGCGACAUAUGUCCACCAGCUCCGGCCCUGCCCCACUCACAGCUGCUGAACAGGAGUUGCAGAGAAUUAAAAUCAACGAGAAGUUGGACACAGAGAAAGAAAUGAUAGAGCUGGUUCAUUCCGACCCGACAGAGGCCCAUGAGCUGCCUUGUAGGGUUCCAAAGAUACGCCCUGACACCUCUUCUACCCUCUAUAAACACUCCCGUGAAGGGGAUCACUUGGAAUCUGUGGGUUACAGCUGUAGCAUUAAAGAGCGGAUGCUGUACUCCAGUUGUAAGAGUCAACUGCUGGAUGAGGUGGUGAAAGAUUACCAAUCUGGAGGUUGCCAAGAAGAUGUAAAUUGAAAAUGGGGAUGAAUUGACAGAGGAGUUCCUGUAUGAUGUGGUUUAUCCUAAGCAGCAUGCCUUCCAGCAGGCCUUCGCCAAACCUUGUGGCCCAGCAGGGAAGAAAGGCAGUAAGCGCCUCAUCAAGGGUCAUCCCCAGCCCUGCCCUCAAUCCUCAUCCUCCUGUUGCCACGCCAUCUGGCAGCUUGUUUGGCCACAAGGAAGGAAAAGGAGAAGAACAUGGACAGAUUUCUCCUGUCAUUUUUAUUUUUACCUCCCUUUGCUUGUCAUUACGUUCCCCAGUUUCUGUGUUCUUGUGGGUUUGUAUGUGUAUGUGUGUAUUUCAGGAAAUGGAAUCCUGGAUUCCUAAAACAGCUGAUUGGCCUGCCGCAUCACUGAUUGGAGCCCUGACCCCUCCCUCUAAUCAGGAGAAACAGCUGGCUCUUCAAUUACCAACUCCUUCUACAGCUUGAUAAAAGUCAGUGUUCCUUUGUCAGAAAAAUAGCUUAUUUUUAUGUCCUGUGUUGAUUUGUUGUGGCAGUCCGUAAAAGUUUUGUGGAUAUUAUUUUGUAGCCGCUCCUUCCGAGGUAUGUGUAUGCCAAUAGGACUUAGUGUUUUUGGUUAUUGAAAUUGUUCACUAAGUAUUAGUAACUAUUCUGUUUCAUUUGUUCCAGGGGAGAAGGGGAACGCACCUUGGGAGUGUUUAGACAAGAGGCCUGCGGGCACACACAACCCGUAGUAUUUAAUCUGUCUAUGCACACUAGGUAAAACCCCUGGUAUUUUGGUUAGCGAGCCAGUUGGUGCUAAAGGUUAGGUAAGUAGUGGGAAGGUAGGAGAGGGGACUCUUUAACUUACUUUCUUUGCUUUGGUUCUGUCCAGCCCUUCUCUCCCACCUUACCGUGUUUUAAUUAAGGAAUAAUCAAUUCCCUGUAACGGUAUUUGCCUCUGUCUUUCCCCGCACCUACUAACGCACUUUUUUUUUUUCACUCCACGGGGAGUUGAGAUGUAGCAGGGUGUUGUGUUCCCUUCAAGGGGCAUAUGUCACAGACAGACACACACACACACAGACAGAUGGACUGACAAACAUAAAAGACCAAUGGAUGGUCUUACAGAUGCCUCAGCCAAAUUUCUCUAUUGCAAAUGUCACAUAGAUCUACAGAAGAAGCCUGUCCAUCUGAUGUGUUGUCCAUAGUUUAAAAAAAAUUCAGGUAACUUUCCCCAAAUUCCCAGGUAUUUUUCCCCCCGGAAUUCCUGGUUCGAGGCUUCCUGGAUUUCCUGCUUAUUCCCUCGUGACUCCAGGAAUAUUCCAACCAGUUUUUCUGGAAAACCAGGGCAUUUGUGGAAUAUUACUGGACAUUUGCAACCCUAGUUAUACAUACCUUGCCUGUUGUCACUAAAUGUUUUGCAUCAAACAUGUUUGUAAAAACAGAUGAUAAUGAGAGGAAUUCUAAAUGAAAUGUCGAUGUUUUUCAGUAUGUUGUCUUUUUCUUAUCACUGAAAUGAUAAGUAAAAUAAA